AUGAACUACAGUGAAGACCUCCAACGUUUUCACGACCUCUACACGCACUUCAACGUCGUCCUCGUCCGUAACGAGUAUAAGCUUGCCUAUGGUAGCAUUCUUGCGGACACGCUUCAGAACACUGGACGUCUCAAAUCUACCUUCCUAGUAACAGGUCAACCCGGAAUCGGAAUAUCAUUGCUCUUGUUCUACAUUUUGUCCCGUAGACUCGAAGAACGGCAGCCGGUCGCUUUCCAGAUCGACGCUAGCAUAUUCGCCCUCUUUGACGAAGGCGGCGUAUCGUUUCAUCCAACAUCCGCCUUGUUCACCUGCAUUAUUCCAAAUGGCGCUUGGGCGCUCUCAGAUGCGGUCCAAGGACAAACCGGGCCCUGCGCGGCCUUCGACUGUCAACGGGUGCACGUCGUAUACACAAGCUCGCCAGCUUCUAGAAACUGGAAGGGGUGGGUGAAGCAGGCUUUCGUUGUGGAGUACGUCAUGGACAUAUGGUCGCUGGAGGAGCUUCGAACAUUGUUGACUAUCUCCAACCUCGAUGUCCAGCGAGGUGAGGCCCUCUUUCGAAAAUACGGACCGAGCCCCAGGAUCAUCGUCGCCAUUCUCCUCAACCCGGAGAUGGAGGCCGCAUACCUUCGCGAUAUCCAAGCAGGGGCCGUCGAAUUGGCAGUGAAUUUCUCAACAGUUUUCUCGGACAUACGAAAAUUCCAUUUUGAUUCCCACCUUUCUUCGACAAUAUUUAUUGUCCAGGUGGACAUUUCAGGUUCGCGGCAGCAUGUUCUGCGCAUCCCAACACCAUUUCUCGCCAGCACCAUUGCCCUAGCUUUGUCACGUCAGACAGCUGCCCAACAAGCGAACUUCUUCACUACACUCACGCAUCAUCCGUCUCUUCGCAGUGCCGCGGCAUGGAUCUUUGAGAAUUACGCUCACGUCUACUUCUCCGACCCAAAUCGCAACCCCCUUCAAGCACGUCUCCUCAAUGACUCAAACCCCUACUCCAUACCUACCCCCGGUAGGAUUAUAGUAGGUUCGACAGCGCUGAAGGCUAUUCAGCCGCCGUUCAAUUUUUACUGGCGGCCCCUAGAUCCCAUCUUCAAUGGUGUCAAUGGCGUCGUUCGCGCUGGCAAUAAUGUUUGGGCUCUACAAUUCACGACGAGUGAUUCUCUUAGUUCCACCACAAAUGGCCUGGAUGCGGUUUUCGAGAUCAUGGAUGACAAUGCCGAUGGAUCACCAAAUGGUCCAAAACCUGACUGGGCGAUGGGGGGGACGCCCGUUUACGCAUGUGGACUGCCCCUCGGUGCGUUUACUGAAAAGGACCAGCGGCGGCUUCAAGAUGUUUCGGACGAGUUCAGCGAAACCUAUCCCAUGGAUCAGAGAGCGGACUCGGGUGGCAUUCUGUGA